CAAAAAUACCAUAUAUUGGCCAUAUCAUCGGAUUGAUGCGAAAUGGGCAAAAAUAUCUCCUCAAAAUCAGGUGGGUGGCAAUCCAUCGGGGACCGACUGGACAAUUCCCACUCAUCGACACAGGCAACAAGUCCGACAUCCUGCCGUGACUCUGCCCAUGGCCAACGGCCGGAUGUACAUUGUGUCCGACCCCCUACUCGCAAGCCAGGUCCAGCGCGCCUCUGCAACUCUUUCCUUCGAGGAAUUGAUCGUCCAAGCAACGGGACGCCUGGUGGGAAUCAGUAAGGAAGCCGCGGAAAUUCUGAAGGACCCGAACUGCAAAGAAGAGGGCCGCGAUCGCAUGGUCACCGAGGUUAUCCAGAAGGUCAUACAUCCCUUACUAGGACCCCAAGCGAUAGCCAGCCUUGCAUCUGUUCAAUUGCAGCAUUUCACCGAAUUUGUGAAUUCGAUUCCUGAGGGCCUGGAUACGGAGCUGUUUCACCUACUUACGCGUGAGAUAUCUGCCGCAACUGCGCUUACCUUCUACGGACCCCGAAAUCCGUUUGCGGAGCAUCCGGAGUUGACUGAGGAGUUCUGGAAGUGGGAGACCGACAUCGUUCCCUAUAUGAUGAACAUUAUGCGCCCACUGACCGCCAGAAAAGCAUACAAUGCGAUCAACCGAGUUAGCGCAGGAUUUGAAGAGUAUCUGGAAAAGGGACGACAAGCGCAGGCGUCGGAGCUCAUACGCAGGAGACAAAAAGCUCAUCAAGAUGUUGGAAUUUCCAUACCGGACCAAGCACGCCUUGAAGUGACAAUGACCCUGGGUAUAUCGGUGAACGCUGCCAUAUCAAUCUUCUGGCUCGUCAACAAUAUCUGCAGCCGUCCUGCGCUCCUCGAGGAGAUUAGGGAGGAGAUACGAACGAAGGGCUUGGUGUCUCCGAAUACCAUCUCCUUCUCCGCACUGCGCGAGUCUUGCCCGCUCCUGAACUCUGCCUUGAGAGAGACAUUGCGGCUUAUUGCGCCGUUGGCGACAACACGCUAUGUGCUAAAGGAUACUAUCGUCGCAGACACAUACCUCCUCCGCAAAGACUGCAUAGUCCAAAUCGCAGGCAACCUCAUCCACGCCGACAAACAGAUCUGGGGCCCUGACGCAGAGUCCUUCAACCCUCGCCGCUUCUUGUACACAAUGAACGGCUCCAAGACGCUGGAUGACGGCACAGUGCCAGACUCCAAAGUCAACCAGAUCCAUCCGGUUGCCUUUAGGGCUUUUGGAGGUGGCUCCUCGCUGUGUCCCGGAAGGCACUUUGCGCAGAUGGAGAUUUUGUCGCUGACCGCGGCGUUGCUUAUGGGGUUUGAGUUUGCGCCGCCGAAGGGCAAGGCCAAGGUGGAGUGGGAUCCGGAGUUCGAUGAUAAUAAGUUUGUGAUUGGGGCGUUUAAGCCGAGGAGGGGAGUGGAUGUUAGGGUCAAGAGGAGGGAGGGGAUGGAGAAUGUGAAGUGGGCCAUACAGUUCUGAUGAACAUGAGCCGGGAAUCCAAAAGCAAUGUUCUGGAGCGGUUAGGCAUGGAUAAGGUUUCGGAUGGCGGUGGAGAUCUGUUUAAACCAAAAUAACAUGUACGCAUAAUCCGUACCGCGAGGGCUGCGGUCACUCCGUAUCCUCGUGAUGGUCAGCGAAUUUCUCUAAGGCCGUUUCGCCGCUAGCAGGUGGAAGCAAUUGGGAAGGCAUAUCUGGGAGGCGAUUCCGUAAAGCUCAGGAUCUGUCCAGUUUCGCCCAUGGGCAGGCCCAUUUGUGCACUGGAACCGUUAGAUGAUGCUAAAAUAUUUUCU